UUUCAGUCGAGUGAGGCGUGUCAUUCGGGCGGAUGGGAGGAGAAUGAGGAGUAGAGUUUCAAGGGCGGAAAGACCACCAGAGCUGCCGAGGAAGCCACAAUUGCGAACCGUAGGACAGAUGCUUAAACGUGCUGUCUCUUUGGAUCUAUAACUCGGAAUUACCUCCAUUACAAGAAAACAUUUGAAACGCGGAAACAAGACGGAAUUCUGUGUAAGCAGUGGAGACCAGAAUGAUGUUCACCUGGAGGGAAAGGUUUAUUCUGAUGUGCCAGAGACUCUUCACUAAAGAUUGUCACCAGGGAAUGUGAGUCACUGUUCUUGGAGAAGUGGAAACUGUCCUCACCAUGUCUAUAGCACUACCUUCAAAAUAUAAUCCCUACAUUGAACUCCACUACAACUAUACAGGAAACCUCAAGGGAAGGGAGAAAGACAUUGACAACUUGGAUGCUACAAGUGUAGCCUUCCUCAUAUUAUGUGGUUUCAUAGAGCUGGAAAACCUAAUGGUGCUGGUUGCCAUAUGGAAAAAUCACAGAUUCCAUAACCGAAUGUAUUUCUUCAUUGGGAACUUAGCCCUUUGUGACUUGUUGGCUGGCAUGGCUUAUCUAGUCAACAUUCUCAUGUCAGGUCCCAAGACCAUGACCUUAUCUGUAACUAUGUGGUUUGUUAGGGAAGGCAGCAUGUUUGUGGCAUUGGGCGCUUCCACCUUCAGCUUGCUGGCAAUUGCCAUCGAAAGACACAUGACUAUGAUUAAAAUGAGGCCUUAUGAUGCCAAUAAGAAGUACCGAGUGUUUCUCCUGAUUGGUACUUGCUGGCUUAUAUCGAUUUUACUGGGGGCACUACCAAUUCUUGGAUGGAACUGUAUUAAUAAGCUUGAGGAGUGCUCCACUCUGCUGCCUCUUUACUCAAAGAAGUAUGUGGCCUUCUGCAUCAUUGUUUUUAUGGCAAUCCUUCUAGCCAUUGUUAUACUGUAUGCACGCAUCUAUGCACUCGUCAAGUCCAGCGGCCGAAAGGUAACCAAACACAAUAAUUCUGAGCGGUCAAUGGCUCUGCUGCGAACGGUGGUCAUUGUGGUGGGAGUCUUCAUCGCUUUCUGGUCACCACUUUUCAUUCUGUUCCUCAUAGAUGUGGCCUGCAAGACCAAAGAGUGUAGCAUAUUGUACAAGAAGCACUGGUUUAUUGCCCUGGCCGUGGUGAAUUCUGCCAUGAAUCCAUUGAUUUAUACUUUGGCCAGCAAGGAAAUGCGUAGGGCCUUCUUUCGCAUCAUAUGUGGUUGUCUCAUGAAGACAAAAGCUGGCAAAGCUCUUCCACUCAACCCAACUCCUGAUAACAGCCGGAGUAAGUCUAGCAGCACUCAGUCCCAGAAGCAGAAAGAAGGAGACCCUGUGCCAGUUGCGGUGACGACUAAAAACUCAGAGCCAUCUAAUCAUACUGGUGAAUGUUGACCCCUGGGAUAAGAAUGUCUGAUAUGUGCACUUAUUUCAAGCCCUUCUUCCUAACCCUUAGUUUAUUUAUUGCAUUUAACCUAUUUAGUGACUUGCUUGCAUUCGACUGCAAGUAUUAUUUUUCUUUGUGUACUGAAAAUGUUAAUAUUUUUUAUAAUAUUAUUAUUAAUAUCUUUGCUCUAAUGAGCCCACAUAAACCUCAUUUUAGAUACUUUUAAUGGUAUGUACCGUACAGUAGCUAGAAAACUAUGUCAACCCUUUGGAAUUACCUGGUUGUCCUGAUUAAUUAAUUAUAAAAUGUGAUCCGAUCUUCAUCUAAGUCACAAGUAUAGACAAACACAAUGUGCUUAAGCCAAUAACACACAAACGAUUAUAACCUUUCAUUUCUUUAUUGAGCACUCCCAUCAACCAUUCACAGUGAGCUGUGGAAAACGUAAGUGAACCUUUGUAUUUAUAAACUGGUCAGACCUCCUUUGGCAACAAUAACUUCUAACAAACACUUCCAGAUGAGACAUGUGCAACGUUUCAGAGGGAAUUUUGGACCAUUCCCUGUUACAGAACUGCCUUGUCUCAGUCAUAUUCUGAGGAUGUCUGGUCUGAAUGGCUCUCUUGAGGUCAGCAUCUCAGUUGGUUUAAGGUCUGGGCUUUGAUUGGGCUAUUUGAAAUAGACGGAAUUUCUCUUUUUGAAGACAUUCUGUUGUACGCUUACUUUGAUGUUUAAGGUCAUUGUCCUGCUGCAUCACCCAACUUCUACUUAGCUUCAGGUUCCAGAGAGCCAAUCUGAUAUCCUGUUGGACAGUCAUUCCCAACCUUUAUCGCUUCAGGACCCAGUUUUACUAACCACCCACAUAUAGAUAUCAAAAAGUACUCCCCCUUGGUGUAGCGAGCAUGAUUGAAGGGCAGGGGGUGAGGGGUCCCCUUGGUGAAACGAGUGUGAUUAGAAAUGGAAAUAGCUAACGCACAGCGCCGUCGAUCACUUGUAUACACACGUGUGUGUGUUGGUGGUUGUGUUAUACCAUUAGCAA